CACACACGUGAAUCAUGUUCCCUAACCUUGCUCUCUUGCCGUGUUUGUUUGGCAGGGGGGGAGAUCCGGCGCUGGCGGCUGGGUCUGGGGCAUCAGCAGAAGGCGACGAUGUGAUCCGAAACGGCGGCGGUUCUGACCAUGAGUCGAGAAAGCACGAAGUUUUGGCAAAGUGUGUCCUGACCUCCACAGCACCAUUCGUUAGCGAUUUUGAAAAAAAAACAUUAUCCCGACUGUCAAUGUGUUGAAUUCAGGAGCACAAAAGGUGGUAAUCACCCACAAGCUUACCAAGCACAUCGUCAAGGAGACUAGAAAAAAAAUGGUCGCGAGGGAGAAGGCAGAGGAGAAUGAGCGAAAGCUCAAGCAGAGAGAAAAGGAGAUGAAGGGGCCCGAUGAGGACGACGAGGAGAGCGAAGACAGAAUUGACCCAACAGCGGAGACGGCCUGGUUGCAGCCCGAGACUAGAGUGGCUCGAGUGAAAGCCAAGAAGAUGCGAGGAUUGCGCACGAACUCGGUCGAAAACUUGGAAAACGAUGACCUCAACCAUCUUUCGGCCCAGAGAAAAUUCGUCAAGACCGGCUUCUGGAGGUGUCCCAACCCCUUCGGGAGAAAGCUCAUCGAGGACAGGCAAGAGCUCCUCGGCAUCCUCAUUAUGCCUCGAAACAAGAGGAUGAGGAAAGCCGGGAUCAAGGAGUCUCACCUAGCGAGCAUCGUGGACGUGUACCGAGACGUGAUGUUCAACGCGCUUGCCCGCAUCGAAGAGGACGAAGCGGGAGACGCCGGCCCCCUCGUUGGGGCGACGAAGGCCGACGACAAGGGGGUUCUUUGGGCGAGCAACCGAUUGUAUGCCCACGCUGUCGCCGGUGAGAUGAACCGCGCCACGUGGGUGUUUGGGUGUAUUGGCCUCUGUCUCAUGUCGGAGAAAGAAGUGGUGGAGUUCAUCUUCAACACCUGCAAGGUGACGGAAGCGGGAGAGCUCGAGGUGGGUGAGCUGGACCGGCUUGCGAAGGGCCUCCACCUCUCGAACGACGCCUUCUGGCCGGCGUUCUCGCAGCAGCUGGAGGACAUAAACAAGUCUCACCAGAAUGGGGACCUCAUCAUGACCCUUGACUUCUUCCAAGACAUGCACCACAAGUAUCCCAUGAUCCUUUACCCGGCGUUGCGCGUCCAGAUUCGGGGGUACACGGGGGCGGGCGGUGCAACCUCCUAGGCCAGCCUGGACCAUUUCGUUUGCGCCUACAUCACAAUGUAUUGCCCUUUUGCUUGCCCUCGCACCAACUUCUUCCCACGCCAAAAUUCCCUUCGUUGAUGCUGCAGGAGCUGGUUCAGCGGAGAACGCUCGGACUGCGCGCUUGGGGGCGGAUAAACGAUAGAUUAGACAAGUACCUUGUGAGACAGAAGCGCAAUGCUAACACAAAACCAUGCUGUCUGCGGGUUCUCCUUGGUUUGCAAUGAUAAAGAAAGAAGACUGCUGUACAAUUUUGGCAUCGAACUUAGAGUGCAGAGGAAGCAGGAUAAUUUUUACACUCCGGCUGCAAGGACGCCUCUUCAUGGUGUCCUCUACUGAUACCUUUCGCGUUCAUAGAACCUAAACGACGGGAAGGUUGUUUUCCUUUCUUUUUUGGAUUAAGGAUUAACAUGGAGCCAGCGUCAAAAUGGCUUGUUCUUCAUUCAACCCCUCAAGCACGACGACGAUAAUCGCGCUGUUUGACCGCGAAAUUGGAACCUCUUCCAAGCUGUAUUCCUCUAAGAGACCGAUACGGUCUAUAGAGGUCUUACAGAACGGUAAAAAAAAAUAGGAACGAAUGAUCACUUUCAGUCCGAAGGCCUGAACCACGCACUUUCUUCAGCCAAACGCCCGCGACGCGAGAAAUCACCCCAUCGGCCGUCCUGCACUACUCUAGAAGGUAACCCCAGACGCCGCUGAAACUUGCCGUGCUCCUGCCAAUAUGGAACACAACACAGCUUCGUUCCUGUUACAAGAGAUAAUACAUAUGUUCCGCGUUUCCUAUUCCAUGGCGCGAUUGGGCUGUGUUCGGCCCGUCCCCAGCAACUACCACACCCUAGGAAGCAAUUGACGCCCUUCAAAAGUGUCAGGGACCCCGCACACACACAGUCCACGUGGGCAAUAGUACCUGUUUUUACGUAUGUGUACAAGCACCGUAUAAAUGGCUAGCCUGGGGUCGAAGCCGCUUAGGGACCACGAGGAGAUUUGCCUAAAAAUCAACUUCCGUUGAGCAUCCCCAUCUUUCGAAUGGAAAGUCACUCAAAUCAAGGGAAGAAUACAUGCUUGAGAGACCCGCAGGGCGGCAAAAAAAGGGGCCUCGCGCUUGCGAAGCAGUUGUGAGCCACACAGUAUACUCCAAACUCUUGACGCCGACCGAUCAACGUAUUGGAGGUUCGCCGCUUGCCUCGUGUCUACUGCACACUCUCUCCUCAUAUCGUGUGGCUUGCGCGGCAUCACGGGCCUCUGAAACACAAACAAAGUGUAGAUCGAAAUCUGCGAACCCUCUCUCCUGCGGGAAACUAUACACACCCCAAGUCUCGAUCACCUCCCC